AUGACUGAAAGACGGAGAAGACUCAACCCAAAGAAACAUGCAUGUAGUAUUAUUUCAUUGGGAACUGAUCAGCACAACACAAUUGAACAAAGAUACAUAAACGAGUACAAAGGUCGUGGAGUAUUUGCGAAAGUAAAUAUCGAGAAAGGAAGUUUUAUUUUAGAGUACAAAGGACGGCUAAUCACAGGAAAAGAUGCUGACUCUUUUGGGGAACAAGAUAAUACAUAUGUGUACUAUUUCAAACACAAUGGAAAAAUUGUUUGCAUUGAUGCCACUGAUGAUGAUGGAUCUUUUGGACGCUUGGUCAAUGACAGUGCUGAUCCCAAUUCAAAAAUGAAAAAAAUUGUGCUAAAUGAUACUCCCCACCUAUGUUUGUUUGCAAUAAAAGAUAUAAGGAAAGAUGAGGAGAUAACCUAUGAUUAUGGAGGAAAUAACCUCACCUGGCGCACCACUCAACUCGCGAUAAAUGAUGACCCUGCGUUUGCUUCAAGAAACUUAACAGUUCAAGACCAUCUGGAGUCAGACAUCCCGAUAAAUGAUGACCCUGCGUUUGCUUCAAGUAACGUAAUUGUUCAAGACCAUCUGGAGACAGACAUCCCGAUAAAUGAUGACCCUGCGUUUGGCUCAAGAAACUUAACAGUUCAAGACCAUCUGGAGUCAGACAUCCCGAUAAAUGAUGACCCUGCGUUUGCUUCAAGAAACUUAACAGUUCAAGACCAUCUGGAGUCAGACAUCCCGUGUCAGAAGCAUAAUAUGGUUGUUGAACUUUUUUCUGGCCUUGACAAAUGCUCAGUUUGCUUUGGACCGUUUGCACCUAUUAGAUGGACUGGACUUAGAUGUAAACUCUGUUCUUCUGUCUGGCAUAAAGCUUGCCUGGUCAAAACCACUUCUGAUGAGCAGAGACUAGAAUCAUGGAUUUCAGUGUCACAGACAGUGAUAGUGAUGAGGAUUGCGAAAACAGAUCUUCAGGCAAAUCUUCAGGUGGAAUUAAUGUAUCCUGCAGCAAUGAAAUUAGCCACCACUCUAAAGCUGCCAGUCCAAAGAAAUCUUCACUAGAAGAUGGUGUACCUGAUACCACACUGACAAGAAGGAAAGUGGUUCGGAGGCCAUGGACAACAAAGGAGGUCCUUGCUGUAAUGAGGCAUUUCAAACCACAUAUAUUGAAGGGUCGUUUGGCUUCAAAAUUGGAGUGCGAGAAAUGCAAGAAAGCAGAAUAUCCCAUUUUAGAAGGGCGAACUAUUCAAAACAUUCGUGACUUUGUUAGGAACAAAGGAAGCAGUUUGCAAAAGCACGCUGAAUUGUAAAGUGGCUAACAAAAACAGCUGUGCUAUUGUGAUAAUUCUGCAAUUUUAUUGCAAGAAAUCCAAUGCAGGUUUAGUGUCUCUAAUUUAAUUCCUUGCUGGUCUUUUUGAAUGUACAGUGACAAGAUUUUAAAUGCUACUUUUUAACUUAAUUCAUUUAGAAAUUUUAAUUUACACCACUCUUUGGGGGCAGCACGGUGGCUUGGUGGGUAGCACUGUUGCCUCACAGCAAGAAGGUCCUGGGUUCGAUCCCCAGGUGGGGCGGUCCCGGGUCCUUUCUGUGUGGAGUUUGCAUGUUCUCCCCGUGUCUGCAUGGGUUUCCUCUGGGUUCUCUGGUUUCCUCCCACAGUCCAAAGACAUGCAAGUGAAGUGAAUUGGAGAUACAAAAUUGUCCAUGAGUGUUUGAUAUAACUGUGUGUGAACUGAUGAAUUUUGUGUAAUGAGUCCUCUUUUAUUACUGUGCAAUAUUUACUUAUAUUACUUACUGUGACAUGAAUUGGAGAUACAAAAUUGUCCACGAGUGUGUUUGAUAUAACUGUGUGUGAACUGAUGAAUUUUGUGUAAUGAGUCCUCUUUUAUUACUGUGCAAUAUUUAUUUCUAUUACUUAAUAGAAAAUCCCAAAACACUUUCCAGAAUAUGAAAUGUAAUUUUUUUUUUCAGUCCUAUAAUAGAAGACAAUUUCAUCCAUGUUUAUAAUUAUUUAUCACCUGGUUUUAAGAUCCAAAAUCUUUAAGAAAAAUAUGUUCUGGUCAGAUAAAAAAACUUCAGUGUGUAAGAGUAUAACCUCAAUUAUUAUUAUAAUUUGUUUACAUUUGUGACUUGGCAGAAUGUUUGUUAAAGUAUGCACUGUGUUUAAUGUUUGUUACCGAAGUAUGCACUAUUUGAGUAAUGUUUAAUUGUUUAGUUUCUGUUGUUGCUAUUGCAGGUAUGCUUCUCAAACCCAUGCAUCACAUUCUUAUACUGUAUUUUGUGAAUGUAUUGAGUAAUCUUUUUAUUUAUUGCACAACAGUUUGCUGAUGAAUUUAGGUAUGCAAGACUUCUCUCUCUCUCAGCUCAAUGUUUUUAGACAAAAUAUUUUCUGUACUGUGAGUGCAGUUUUACAGUUCAACAAUAGCUUUACAUAGCCAUUAAAUAAAUUUUAAUAAAAUUUAAAAAGCU